GGCUGUAAGUACACGUCGGCAGUAACGACCUCCUCAUUCUCAGAUCACUUUCUCUUCCUGGUUUUAACUUUGUUGCACAUGACACCGUAUCUGGAUGUUCUUGUUUCACCUGAAUGCUCUGAGGGAUCCGGUGUGGAGAUGCCCGGAUUAUACCCACAAGGGACAUAGAACAGCACACAAAACACAAUAUAACCCAGAGUUUGGUUUUCCAUGGUGCAUUGACUUUUAAAAAUGAGAUUCCGACUAUUGAAGAAGAACGUUAUUGUGUUUCUCGUCAUCUUAAUUGUAUUGAUAGUGUUAUUUUAUUCCAAACGUGGGACUGGAGAUGAAGGAAAUGUCGAAGAGACUGUUAAAGAGAGUACACAGCCUGUUGUUUUGGGUAAAUUUGAGUAUGAGACCAUAUUGAGUAUGAGGAAGUCUGUUUAUGACAGCAACUACAGACAGUUCAUUCAGAAUGGAGAGAAGUUUCCAUUGGAACCGGAGCUGGUUAUUGUUGUUCAAGUCCACAAUAGACCGGCUUACCUUCAAAUGCUCAUACAGUCCCUUGAGAAAGUAGUUGGAGUGCAAAACAUACUUCUGAUAUUCAGUCACGACUAUUUCUCAGAGGAAAUGUCUGAUAUGGUCAAGGGAAUCUCAUUCUGCAAGGUUCUGCAGAUAUAUUUCCCCUACAGCAUACAGCUGUAUCCAAAUGAAUUUCCAGGACAAGAUCCUCAGGAUUGUCCGAGAGACAUAUCUAAAGAAGACGCGAUUAAAAAGGGCUGCUUGAAUGCAGAACACCCGGACUCAUAUGGACAUUACAGGGAAGCUUCCAUCACACAAACCAAACACCACUGGUGGUGGAAGCUGCAUUUCGUGUUCGAACGAGUCCGGGUUCUUCUGGGAUACAACGGAUUUGUUGUGUUCAUUGAGGAAGACAACUAUCUUCUCCCAGAUUUCCAUCACUACUUCAAAUCUAUGACCAAACUCAGGAAAACCAGCUGUGGAGACUGCGACGUCCUCGCAUUGGGAAACCAUGACGGUUUGUCAGGCUUUCAAGAGCUUUCCACGAAAACAGAAACUGCAGGGUGGCUGUCGACCAAACACAACAUAGGAAUGGGCAUCUCCAGGGAGCUCUACUAUAAACUGAUGGGAUGCAACAAUAAGUUCUGCACCUACGAUGAUUAUAACUGGGACUGGACCCUCCAGAACCUGUCUGGUACGUGCAUCUCCAAACCUCUUAAAGUUCUAGUGGCUUGUGGAAGCCGAGUUCUUCACACAGGAGAUUGUGGCCUGCACCAAAAGGAUGAUUGCAAGCCAGAAAUGGCCCGGGAAAGGGUGGAUGCAGCGCUUAAACAAGCCGAAGCUGCGUUUUUCCCCCCAGUGCUGACCCUGACAGACCAUGGACCCGUGGAGCAUCAACCUCAUAUGAAAAAUGGGGGCUGGGGGGACGUUCGUGACCACACGCUUUGCAUCAACUACGCCGCACGUCUCUGAAGCGGGAGUUUUCCUUUAUGUCACAAGUGCCAAGCAGAAUAUCAGGGUUACAUGUUUGCAGGUUAAAGGUUUUGCUUUCACCAAAAAUAGGAAAAUAAUGCGAGUUAUUUUAUGGUGUGUGUAUAUUUGCAUAUGUGUGUGCAAAACAAACGGUAAUACAGGUGGCUACAACUUAAUUUUGUACUCUAUUUUGUUCUUCAACAUACUUAAUAUAAAUUUCCACAAGACUUGGGUUUAAGUUGCAAUUUAAACCUGCAUGCAUUUUCUGCGUUGCGUCCAUUUUAACAAUACUUUUUGUCUUGUUUCAUUAUAAUUUAAAGAACGAAUCGCAAAUUUGCCUUGUUUAUUUUGCUCGUUUAGUAGCAAAGUCCACUUAUGGACACAUUUAGCAACAAAACCUUCAAAUGUUUUUGUGAAAUUCUGCAAAAAAAUGCAUGCAUUUUAUGCAUUGCAUCCAUUUUAACAAUGAUUUUUGUCUUGUUUCAUUAUGUAUUAAUGAUAAAUAGCAAAUUUCCCUUGUUUGCUUUGCGCAGUUUGUAGCAAUGUUCAUUUAUGGACACAUUUAGCGACAAAAUCUUAAUUCUUUUUUGUAAAAUUCCACAAAAAAAUGCAUGCAUUGCAUACAUUUUAUAAUUCUUUCUUUCCUUAUAAUUUAAUAACAAAUUGCAAAUUUCCCUUGUUUGUUUUGCCCCUUUGGUGGCAAGGUCCAUUUAUGGACAACUUUCGCAAUAAAAUCUUAAAUGUUUUUGUAAAUUUCCACCAAAACGUGCUUGCAUUUUAUGCAUUGCGUCUGUUUUAACAAUUCUUUUGUCUUCUUUCAAUCUAGUUUCAUAACAAAUCGAAAUCUUUUUGAACAACAUCCACAUUGAUUUUUGUUUUGCUCCUUUAGUAGCAAAGUCCAGUUUGGAACUCAUUUAAUGAAAAUAUAUUCAGUAUUUUUUGUACAAUUCUGCAUGUAUGCAUUUUAUGCAUUGCAUCCGAUUUUAACAAUUCUUUUUAUCAUGUUUAAAUCAAAUUUAAUAACAAAUAGUAAUUUUCUAUAAAGAAUAUCCACAUUGGUGUUUGUUUUUCUUUUUUUAAUGGCAAAGUACAUUUAUGAACACAUUUAGUGACUAAAUCUUUUCAGAAUUUUUCUUGAACAGCAUCCACGUUGUUUUUUUUUUGUUUUUUGUUUUUUGCUCCUUUAGUAGCAAUGUCCAAUUGUCAACUCUUUAACGACAUAAUAUUUAAUGUUUUUGUAAAAUUCCACAAAAUCAUGGACUUUAUGCAUUGCAUUUUCCAUGAAUGUGGUACAAAAUAGGGCCUAAAACUCUUGAAAGAAAAAGUCAACAUUAUUUUUGUGCCUCUAAUACUUAAAAAAAAAAAAAAAAAAAAAAAAGUGACAGCAAAGUGAACCCUACUGUCGUCCUAGAAAGUGCAUUCAUUUGAACAAUUCCUUUUCCUUGUUGUAAUAAAAUGAAAUCACAAAUCAAACAUUUUCGCUGAACAACAUCCAAUUCUGUCUUUAAUUGUUUGUUCCUUUGGUGGCAAAGUCCAGCUAUGAACACAUUUAGGCAAUGUAACAUUAUAACAUUCUUUCUUCCGUUCCUGGCAUUUCCUGAAUGCAAAAGAGAUCUUUUUAUCUUUGGGUGGAUUUGUAUUUUAUUUUUUUUUAAAUGUUGGGUCAUAUUUUUGGGUGAUGUGUCUACUCAACUGGAUCAGUGACAAAUUGGAAUAUGCCUUACAAAAACAUAUUGUGUAAUUUGCAUAUGGCUAUUUGUAUAAUUUGCGUUUUUGCCACCCUGUCCCACCUGUCGCUUUCUUUUCCUUUCUGUUUUUCUUCACAUUCAUUUAAUGAUUUCAUACUUUUGAUGUUUAGCUGUUUUGUUGCCUUAAAUUAUGUUUAAAACAUGAAUAAUCAUGUUGAAAUUACAGUGCAUACUACAGUGUCUGCAAGAGUCUAUUUAUUAUUUUAGAAACUGCAGAGCUCAGUAUUGUGGUGGAAGUUGGGGUCACAGCAAAACAAUUCACUUUUCAUUCCUAGGAUGCGAGUUGUUAAAUGUUGUCUUUACAGCCUUGAGAAACAGCCAAAGAUAUUCACCUUUAACUUUUUGGUUUUAAUUAUAUUAUUUGCAUGAUAGGAAUGAAAGUCUGUUUCCUUUCUCUUUGUUCCUUGUGAUUUCCUUUAGGGAGGAAAAGCUGACAUGCUCAAUUUAGUUGCUGUGUGUGUGUGUGUGUGUGUGUGUGUGUGUGUAAAUUCAUCUCAAAUGCAUUCACUUAUUGUAUUGUUUUAUUUUAACUAAAUAUAUUUGUACGUGUCUGUAUGAGAGAGAGAUUGCUUGUUUUAACGGGUAAGAAUAUACUGUAUAUGUAUAUGUUUUUCUUUAUAUUAUGAUGGUAUCCCUAAAAACCAUAUUCAUAAUUGUUCUUUAAGCUUUGAGCCAAAGACAUGAUAUGGAGUAUAAACUGAAUCACAACUUUCUCUGGACUUUAACAUUGGACAAACUCUGUUCUUCAAUCAAAAAUCUGAUUUGGGGAAUUCUUUGUUCAUUUUCUUUGUGUUUCUCGGACAUAAUUCGCUAGUUUGGCAUUUUAAAACCGGAGGUUGUGGGGGCCUGGGUAGCUCAGCGACAUAUUGACGCUGACUACCAACUCUGGAUUCGCGAGUUCGAAUCCAGGGUGUGCUGAGUGACUCCAGCCAGGUCUCCUAAAUAACCAAAUUGGCCCGGUUGCUAGGGAGGAUAGAGUCACAUGAGGUAACCUCCUCGUGGUUGUGAUUAGUGGUUCUCGCUCUCAAUGGGGCGUGUGGUGAGUUGUGCGUGGAUCACGGAGAGUAGCAUGAGCCUCCACAUGCUGUGAGUCUCCGCGGUGUCAUGCAGAACGAGUCACGUGAUAAGAUGCACGGAUUGACGGUCUCAGAAGCGGAGGCAACUGAGACUUGUCCUCCACCACCUGGAUUGAGACCAUGCCACCACGAGGACCUACUAAGUAGUGGGAAUUGGGCAUUCCAAAUUGGGAGAAAAGGGGAUAAAAAAACAAAAUGUAAUAAAAAAAAAAACUGGAGGUUGUACAUAAUAUAUUGUGUGAAUAAUA